AUGAUAAAAUCUUUCAAAAUGCCUCAAUUGGAUAAAUUGACUUAUUUUUCACAAUUCUUCUGGUUAUGCCUUUUCCUCUUUAUUUUCUAUAUUCCAAUAUGCAAUGAUGGAGAUGGAGUACUUGGGAUCAGCAGAAUUCUAAAACUACGGAACCAACUGCUUUCACACCGGGGGAACAACAUCCGGAGCAAGGACCCCAAGAGUUUGGAGGAUAUCUUGAGAAAAGGUUUUAGCACCGGUGUAUCCUAUAUGGACUCUACUUUAUUCGAAGUAUCCCAAUGGUGUAAGGCUGUCGACUUAUUGGGAAAAAAGAGGAAAAUAACUUUGAUCUCUUGUUUCGGAGAAAUAAGUGGCUCACGCGGAAUAGAAAGAAACAUAUUCUAUUUGAUCCAUACCUUUUUAAAAGUGUUUAAUACAAAAACUUUUCAAAUGUGCUCAAAUAAGAGCUUCUCAACCGUGGUACACCAAGUUUUUGGACUUAAGCUUUUUAGAGAAUACAAAGAAAAUCAAGAAGAAGAUUGA